AUGGAGGAAGGCCACCAGGUUUCAGACUGGGACAGUGACGAAACUAUGAUUGAAGGGUCUGUGGCAGACAGCGACCUGGAAGAUGAGGAGCUGCCCUGGAGAAGGUUGCUGUAUGCUCGAGACACAGCUCUUGCAUCCGAGCUUGGUGUUCAUCCUGGUGAAAGUGGUGUGUGCAAAGGUACACCAUCUCCUGAGAUUCAACUUGGAGGCAAACUCAGAGGGGACUCACCGCAAAGGAAUAAAAACAGUAUGCUGCCUAUUCUUAAUGAGGAUUCAGUAUUACAGCAACUUCAAGAUGAACCAGCACGAAAUCAAGAUGUGUUACAGACUAGAGAAAAGGAUGCACUGUUCACUGUGUCAUUUCCUCAGGCUGGACUUUCAUUGGACCAGCAAAAUGCUGGAGGACCUGAAGUUGAAAAUACUGAAGUUUUGUCAUACGUAGAAAAGGAACUAAGGGAAGAGAGAGACUCCCCUGAAAUUAGUCUGCUUUCAAAUAUUGCUACUGUAGUACCUGGUAUGGUUGCUGUAGAAGAGAAAUCAUUAGUAGAGCCAGAGAAGAUCUUAGCAGCACCAAAUAUAUUUUAUGGCCCUGGAAAGGAAGUCUCACUGACCAUGAGUUCUACAGAAACUAAGGAUGAAGAAAGCUCAGUUGAAACUUUUGUGUCUGCCUUAGAAAAGUCACUGACAUCACCAGAAAGCACCAAAGGAAAGAAACUGUUUGAAACAGUGAAUGAUUUUGAUCCUAGAGAACUGAUGAACCCUCUGAGCAACUCCUCAAGUUCCAUGUCAAUAUCUUUGAGUGCUUUGUCUCCAUAUUGUAGAGAUUUACUAGAAAACACAGAGGAUGAUGUAUUACCGCCUGAGCUGUUGGCAGCCCUGAACACAUUGUCAGAAGAUAAGACAGGGCUCGGUCUCAGUGGAAAUGAAUGUUUGGAAAUGGAGCCUGGUAUGUCUCAGACAGAUGAAGAUUGUACACACAGAGCAGAGAUAAUAGAAAACUCAAAUCCAUUUGAAUUCCAAAGUUUGGCUCAUCAAAAUGUCACCUCUUGUGAUCCACUAAAUAAUAAGCCACAUGCCACACAUGAUGCUUCUGACCAGGAAACUCCACGUCUGUUACGGAGGUCAUGUAGACUGGAAAAAAGGAAAGUGAGCCAAGAUGUAAAGGGUACUGAAGACAUGUGUAAGAUGCCAGAGAAGAUUGUAUCAAAAGAGCAUGGCUGUGAGGAUGAAGUAAGGAAUAAGUCAGCUGAAAAUUUCAAAAUGCAGGAUCCUGUUUUAAUGAUUGAAGAUGAAAAGAAUAUGCAUUCAGCCAGAUUCCAGAGUGUACAGAUCAGGAAAAAUGAGCGACUUACACUAAAAAGAGAAAAACUGAAGAUUAAUAAAAUGCCUCUCUCUAGUAUAAACCGCAGAAACAUUUUUGGAGAGAACUUGUUGUAUGAGGCUGUUCUACAUGAUCGUGCUGAUCUUGUUCAUUGUUUUAUUCAGAAAGGUGCGAAUGUUAAUCAGCCAAGUUAUGCUGGUUGGACAGCACUUCAUGAAGCUAGUGUUGGGGGAUUUUAUCAGACCGCAAAUGAACUGUUAAAAGGUGGAGCAGAUGUAAACAUCAAAGGGAUGUACCAGAUCACUCCCCUAUAUGAUGCUGUGGUGAAUGGACAUCAUGAGGUUGCAGAGUUACUUCUUUUGAAUGGAGCUGACCCAUUAUUUAGAAGAGACAAUGGAAAGUGUGCUUUGGAUGAGGCCAAAGAUUCACGUAUGAAACGUCUCCUUGAGAAAUAUGUUCCCAAGUAUCAAAAACGUCUUACAUCAGGUCAAAGGAAACACAGUGGCCCAGGGGAUAUAGAAGAUGUACAUCAGCCUAAGAAACCAAAAUUUCAUCCUACAAACCACACUGGGGUUGUUUGUAAUGGAAAUUCCAGCCGUCCAAAACCAGAACAUGUGAAAGUCAAUAAAAGAAGCAAAGAGGGUUUAUUUACAAAUGAAGAUGUAUAUGAACAUCACUCCCAAACUUGCAGAAUCACAAGAUACGGUAAAUCCAAGCGUAAGCAAUCAGCUCUUAACCAAACACACUCUCCAGGACUCACAAAAGGCCGCCAUUGUGAUGUCAAAGAUAUGAAAGGAAGAAAGAACUCACAAGAUAAAAAGACUCAGGCAGAUGAUGGAGACUACACUUCAAGAGAAGCAGUAGCUGUCUCAUCUCCUAGGACAAUCAAUGGAUCAGUUGCUUGUCAGCAGCAUGAUCUCCAAGCCCUUAAUGACCCUCCCAAAGACUCACAUGAACCCUGUAGCCCAACUCCAUCAAGCCUAAAAGAUGGAUUAGGUAACGAAGUUGAGGUUUGUUCAGCUUCCAAAGAGGCAGAUACCCACCAUCUCGACUUACCAGAAGGUCAAGAAACACAGUUAUUGGGGUUAGAGUGUAUUGGCCAAACUAAAGUUGGUUCUUUCUCUGGACCUUCAUUAUGUAAAGAAGUCAAGUUACCACCUGUUUCUGUAGAUACUGUUUACCAAGGACCACAGAAUAGCCCUUAUAAAUCUCCUAAAAUUAUUAAGUCAGGUAAAAAUAAUAAGACCUUUAAUAAAUGGGAAAGUUCUUUCCUAUGCUUUAUAAAGAAUAAUUGUGAUGACUGCUUUAUCUCUGAGAAGGUGGUAACAUCUGGAAUGCCGCUGUGUUCUACAGGAUGCAAAAAUCACUAUGAAGGAAACUUAAGAAAUAGACAACAAGGGGAUUUUCAACAGUUUCUACCAUCAGAAGUCCAUUUCUCACAGGAAAAUGAAUUAAAAGAAGACUGUAUAACCAUACUUCCACAACAGGAAGCUGUUAAUUUUUCUGAUUUAGAUAAAGUAAUAGUUUCUGAACAACAUGUUGCCAAUUACGAACAAUGCACAGAUGAAACUUCUUCUGCCCACUCAUUUGGCAGUCCUGAGCACACUUCCCUGGCAUGUACAAGGACCCUUUCUACACAUGAAGCUUCAAAGUUGACUAGUCCUGUGGAGUUAUUUAAAAAGCCUCAAGAUAAUAGCCCCAGGGAAUCAAAUCCUUCAAUGAAUCAAACAGAUACACAUACUAUGGAAAAAGUAAUGAAAGAAGACACUAAAAGGAAUUACAGUGACAAAGACCAAAAACCAAGACCUUUUCCCAUUGUUGUUCAUACUCAAGAAAUAGGAAUAACUAAUGUUGAAAAAAAGAAACAAAACCUUCCAGAGAGUGAGCCUAUGCCUAACAUAAAUCUUUGUUCCACUAACAAUAUGCGUAAAGAAUUGACUGACAUCUCAGAAUUUAAUCAGAAAGGGAAGGAAAUUUCUCACAAAGCAGAAAUGAAAACAACUGGAAUCAAUAAGAGGAAUGCCAGAGGGGAAAGCAGGCUUCAUUCAGCCGCCAGAAGAGGAGAUUUGUCCCUAGUUCAAGUUCUGAUAGAAUCUGGAGCAGAUGUGAAUCUAAAAGACAAUGCAGGUUGGACACCACUUCAUGAGGCAUCUAAUGCAGGAUUUAGUGAUAUAAUUGUCGAGUUAUUAAAAGCUGGUGCUAGUGUUAAUUGUGAAAGUGUAGAUGGAAUUCUACCCUUACACGAUGCUGUUGCAGGCAAUCAUUUAAAGGUAGCUGAGAUACUACUACAACAUGGAGCAAACCCUAAUCAAAAAGGUCAAACACAGAAGACUGCUUUGGAUGAAGCAAAUAAUGAAAAAAUGAAAGAGUUACUAAAAACCUAUGGUGCUAGUGAGACCAAUAAUAAAGAUGGAAAUAAUGCUGCAGUCACUGCAAAAAUUCCUACUGCUCGUUCAAAAAGAUACAAACAGUGUUUGUGUGAUGGUGACAAUGAUUCACCUUCCCCUUCACACCAAGAAAAAGGAAACAAAGACUUUCCCACACAUCAGACCAUCAGUGCCAUUCUACAAGAUAUAGAGGAAAGCCAAGAAGAGUUAUUAGAGUUUGACAUAAGAAACCCUAAGGAUGCAGAACAAUACAUUAAAAAGAUGUUGGAGAUCAAAGAGAUUAUGGAUAAUGUGCUUUCCAAGCAGAAAGCAGAAAGGGAUGAUUUAGCUAAAAAAUACAGGGUGUCCAUAGAGUCAUUUAAGCAUGGAGUCUUGAGAGAACAGCUGGCCAAUUUGGCCACAAGACAGAGGAAACUUUUAGUUGCAGCAAAAAAGCAGAAAAAUAUAAGCCUGAAAAUUCAAAAUUAUAAGAAUGUCACAUGCUUGACUAGUCCUCAUGUAAGGAAGCUACCGUCCAGUCUAGACAUGUCCUGUGAUAAGGACACUCAAGAGCUUACCAAUCUGGACAACUUAGUACCUCCCCAGUUAAGUCCAUUUUCUCCCGUCAACCUUGAUUAUGGAAGCAUGCAAGAAACACCAUUGUCUCCAGAGUCUCGGAAUGAUGGCCAAAAUACUAACAUCUGUCUAAAUUCCAAGGCAGUUAGGAGGAAAGAAUUUUCUAGAAGUGAGAUGAAUUCAGAAGAAAAUGAAAAUGAUUGUACCUUGGAUAGUUUAUCAAAACCCAGGCACUCAGAUAGUACUGAGAAGAUUAAAUUAUCAUCCCAACCUACUCCUUUUAUUGUUCAACCAAAAUACUCACAAAAAGAAAAUGAUCUUAUGGAAACUAUAACCAAAGAUGAAUUUUGUCUUUCAGCCACAAAAAGUACGUUGAAUAUUUCUGAAUGCUCCAGUAUCCUUUCCCAAAGUGAUGCCCCUGUAUCAACUGUUAUUUCAGACCAAGACCUUUCCCAUUGUGAUCCAAAAAGAGAAGACAAAAAAACAGCUUCUCAUCUACCACCUGGUGGGGCCUGCAAAUCUCUGGCACCUCAGAGGAGCGCUGAUCCUGGACAUCCCAUAAAAUCAUGUCUUAAAAAGUCAGCUUCUACCACCCCAAGUGCAAGUGACAGGCAGAUUUCUUUUUCCUCUAAGUCUGGUCAUCAACAUGCUAUCAAAAAGCCUUUAAGUUUCAGCACAACUCCUAAAAAGAAACGUAUACAGAUAAAAGAUUUGAUAUUACAAGGAAGAAUUAAACCAGGAAAAAAUAUUUUGGAAUUCAAAACACAGGAGACUACCCAUAAGGCCAGUAUUUUAUUGAGUGGUAAAAUUAAGGUUGAAAAUGGUCAGAUUUAUCAAAACCCAGUCACCUGGCUAAAGGACCUUCUGGGAGGUGACAGUUGUGUGACUUGGAAUUAUGCUUGGAGUAAGGUAACAUAUCUUGGGAAGGAGCUUUUAAAGUACGUUUCCGAAGAAGCAUCUGUACCUCCAGAAGCAGGCGCAGGACCUCAGCAGCCUUGCCUUCCAGGUGCUUCCAGAGAGUCAAUGCAAGGCAUUCCUUAUUAUUUACAAAUCAAUGAAAUACUUCUAAUCAGCGAUCAAGAAUUUCUUCCAUGUCAUUUAAUGGAUCAACAUUGGAAAUUCUAUGCGGAACAUGAGGAACUAACAUUCUAA